AUGGCGUUUGAUCAGCAUCGACAACAGGGACCAUCCUCUGAUCAGCCUUCUCGACAACAGCAGCAACAACACGGUAGUAACACUAUGCAACCUCAAAUUCAACCACAACAGCCAUCGUCGAAUGCUUCUCAGCAGCAGCAGCAGCAGCAGCAGCAGGAAUCGUCGUUUCAACCUUUUUCUUCCUCUUCUCCAACUAAUAGGGAAAGAGAAGAACAACAGCGGGAUAGAUAUACUACCAGACGUUCACCAUCUAAUGGCAGCUAUGCAGGUCCUUCGCUGCCUCCACCGUCGCAAUUGCCUUCAAACAUGCACUGCCAGCCUUAUCCCACGCAACAACAGGUGGACUAUGGCCGACGGGAUCCGUAUCCACCAGCGCCAUCGCGUUCAUAUUCAUCAACGUCGCCUCAGUCAUGGGAUUAUGCGGAAAGACAACCCUAUAGCAAUCACCGGUCACUACCGCAAACUGUUCCUCCGCCCCCGCAUCGACAACAGUACAGUGGUGCGUUCCAAUCCUCCCACAGGGAUUAUAGUCGCUCAGGUGCACCAUCAUUGCCGCUUCCCGUAGAUUUGGGCACGAAUAACUCGCCCUUUCAGCUUCCUAGACCCACGAUAAACCAACCAUCCAAUACUUCUUCUUCAAAUGCCCCGUAUGAUCCCAUACGUUCUGCUCAUACUACAAACAGAGAACCCGCUGGUGCUCCACAAUCAGCGACCACUGCUUCUGCCGCCGAACAUGCAUUGCCGUACCGCGCUCCGCCUGUAACUUCAGCGGCGCCACCGAGACCAUCUCAAGUCAAACAAGAACAUUUGUCUCCUCCUCAGGGAUUCCAUUUUGAUCGUUCACAGGCUGCAUCAUCGCCUGUCAUGUCGAUAUCACAAUUGCUGUCUUCGGAUGCACCAUCGAGACCUUCGCUAACGUCAACACCGACCCAGCCGCAACAACAACAGCAGCAUCCAUCGGAUCGACCAUCCUAUUAUGAAAAUCGAGAAGCGUCGUAUGAAUCGCAGCCUCCAUCAGUGCAGCCAGCGGCAGCAAUACACGACGAUUCGGUUGUUCCUAGUUCAACGACAGCACCUGCACCAGCAUCAGCUCCAACAACGCCCGAAAAGCCUGCUCCUAUACCUGUGUCCGAUCCAGCACCACAACCAGGAUUUCGCAAUGGAAUCAAAAAUUUGCUGAACAACGACACUGAAGAGAUGUAUCAAAUGGCUGAUUCGGAUACGGAUACAGAAGACAUCCCACUCAUGCCAUCCGUCCCAACGGAAACUCCUGCCUCUCCUGAUCAUGUAUCAGCACCUAAGGUAGUAGUCGCUGUGAACGGUCAAGCCAAACAAAGCCAUGCGAGACAGCAGCAACAGCAGCACAAUGGGCGAGUACGACCUCGAGCGGGACGUCGCCGCCGAUAUGAACUCAGCGACGAUUCUUCCGCAGAAGAAUUUAGUGAGCACGAUGGUCAUCGCGUGAAAACCUUGACGGAAAGGACGCUUGAGGAGCUCGAUCUUUCAGACGACGAUGACGACGAAGAAAUCUUCAAUACACAUAGAGAAGAAAUGGUUCAGUACAUGAUUGAUGUCUAUAGACGAAAACAAAACGUUAUUGAAGAAUAUGAAAAUAAGCGCGCACAUCGCCAUGCCUUGAUCAGUAAUCAUUUGCAAAGAAUUUACGAAAAGCGAUAUGGAUCGGAGCUGAAGCAACAGACCAAUGGUGUGAACAGCAAUGAAACUCCUGUCUCCAGCACAGCAGCUUUAUUGCUUCAAGCUGCGAGAGAAGAUAAGGAAAGGCAACGACGUAAACAUAAAAAGGCUAAACAUGGACAUAAGAGAAUGGUCAACGAAGAGACUGAGGAAACCGAAGAGCAAGUGAUGCAACCAAAAGAAAUUGAAAAAACGGCUAGCGAGCGACUGGAAGAUGCCCGUCGUGCAGUUUGGCUGGAUAUUGCCCGAAAGCACAUACCUAGAAUGGCUAGAAUCCUGUCGCGUGUUCAGGCAACACGAGCUGGCAAUUGUAAAAAGAUUGCACAGUAUUGUCAAAAGGAGGUUCGACGUUCUGCUACCAAGGGUGGACGUAUUAAUAAGGAUGUACAAGCUCGAGCAAAGCGUGCGAUGAAGGAGAUGCUGGUCUUUUGGAAGAAGAAUGAAAAGGAAGAACGAGAACUGCGGAAGAAGGCAGAGAAGGAAGCGCUCGAACAAUUACGACUUGAAGAAGAACGACGUGAAGCCCAGCGACAGGCACGCAAGCUCAACUUUUUAAUCACGCAGACCGAGUUGUACAGUCACUUUAUUGGGCGCAAAAUUAAAGGAGAUACUGGCGAAGAUGAUGAGACGGCUGUAGCUGCCAGCGAAGAAGCUACAGCAGCAGCGGCACAAUCAGAUGAGACAGCAGAAGAUCAACAAGAAGAACUGGAUAUUACGGGCGAAGAACAGGCAUUGGAUGAGAUAGAUUUCGAUGAAGAUGACGAAGAGAAACUUCGUGAACAGGCUCGACGUAGUGCUCAAAAUGCACUCGCCAAACAACGUGAAAAGACUAGAGCAUUUGACGAGGGAGCUCGUGAGCGACGUUUGGCUGCCAGUGAAACAUCUGACAUAUCCAUGAGUGCUGCACAAUUGGACACCAUGAAUUUUCAAGAUCCCUCGAGUAUGGGCACAGAAGAAAUCAAGCAACCAUCCAUGCUCAUGUGUCAACUCAAGAGCUAUCAGCUUAAGGGCCUGAACUGGCUAGCCAAUUUGUACGAACAGGGCAUCAACGGUAUUCUUGCUGACGAAAUGGGUCUCGGUAAAACUGUACAGUCGAUCUCGUUGAUGGCCUACCUUGCAGAGGUACAUAAUAUUUGGGGUCCGUUUUUGGUCAUUGCGCCUGCUUCAACCUUGCAUAAUUGGCAACAAGAAGUGUCCAAGUUUGUUCCGUCAUUUAGGGCGCUACCAUACUGGGGUAAUCCAAAGGAUCGUAAGGUGCUGCGACAAUUUUGGAACCGAAAGCAGCUUUACGGCCGUGACGCACCGUUUCAUGUCGUGAUUACAAGUUAUCAGCUGGUUCUGACAGAUGUUAGCUAUUUUCAACGCGUCAAGUGGCAAUACAUGGUUCUUGAUGAAGCCCAAGCCAUCAAGAGCUCUUCAAGUGCUCGAUGGAAACAAUUGCUUGGUUUUCACUGUCGAAACCGCUUGUUACUCACCGGUACACCUAUUCAGAACAGUAUGCAAGAACUGUGGGCACUAUUGCAUUUUAUUAUGCCAACGUUAUUUGACUCGCACGAGGAAUUCAGCGAAUGGUUCUCUAAAGACAUCGAAAGCCAUGCCGAAAACAAGGGAACGCUGAACGAGCAUCAAUUACGGCGUUUGCACAUGAUUCUUAAACCUUUCAUGUUACGACGUAUUAAGCGCAAUGUUCAACACGAACUUGGGGAAAAGAUUGAAGUUGAAGUUUACUGCGAUCUCACAGCACGGCAACGAGCAUUGUAUCGUGGCCUCAAACAAAAGAUUUCAAUUUCAGAACUUUUAGAAAAGGCAACAUCCCUCAACGAAGAAAGCAUGGACAGUUUAAUGAACUUGGUCAUGCAAUUUCGAAAGGUCUGCAAUCAUCCAGAGUUAUUUGAACGCGCAGAUGUCCAAUCACCCCUAGCUUUCUGUGCCUUUAGUGAAACCGGCUCACUCACCAAAGAAUCGUCCUUGUAUUGUCCGUAUUCUUCUCAAAGCCAUAUCAAGUAUCACAUUCCCAAACACCUUUACCGCAAUGGAGGAAUUUUACGAAAUCCUGGCCCUCACUCCAAUGCCGGUUUUUCCACUCGAUACCUCGACAACUUGAUGAAUAUCUGGAAGCCUGACUAUAUACAAGAGUCCAUGUACUCUGAUGAAAAAGAUGCUGCGUUCUCCUUCCUUCGAUUCAUUGAUACAUCACCGCAGCAAGCAAGUUACAUGUUCAAGCAGUCUUUGGUGACGCGGUGGAUUUCGUACUUGUCACAAAGAGAUCACAGUGCAAGACGGCGAUUCUAUGUCCGGGACGAAGAAAAGUAUCCUUCAGCACCGAUUAACACUUACGCAAGUUUCCUCAUAAGUGAGACUUAUGCACCCACUGCCCGACUGGCCGUGGUACCUGGAAGUGUCAUGGAUGAUUUGACGAGCGUUGGCGAACAAAUGAAUCACAUGAUUGAACAAUUUGAUCAAUCCUAUAUUCCAGGGGCUCGCACUGUACCGAUUGAUGCUGUUUGUUCUGACCGAUCAUUCAACUAUGAUCAAGUCAACUUAAUGUUCGAUCCAUCAAUUCGUGCAUGUCUCUUCGGCAAACCGCAGUACGUCAGUAUGUCCAUGAGAUCCGAAGCUGUUGAGUUAUCCACAGUGACACGCAAGUCCAAUGGUCAAGGAAUCAUGACUGUACCGGUCUCCGGUCAUGGCUACUCUAUGAUGAAAGUUCCUGCAAUGCGUGAUCUUAUUUUGGAUUCGGGCAAAUUGGCGACACUGGAUCGAUUGCUAGAAAAGUUAAAAUUGGAAGGCCAUCGAUGCUUGGUAUACUUCCAGAUGACUCGCAUGAUCGAUUUGUUUGAAGAAUACAUCUCAUACAAGCAAUACAAAUACCUGCGACUCGAUGGCUCUUCGAAGAUUUCUGAUCGACGUGACAUGGUAUCAGAUUGGCAAACACGGCCCGAAAUCUUUAUCUUCUUGUUGAGUACGCGUGCUGGUGGUCUGGGUAUCAACUUGACAGCCGCCGAUACUGUAAUCUUUUACGACAGUGACUGGAAUCCGACUGUGGAUCAACAGGCUAUGGAUCGAGCACAUCGUCUUGGUCAGACAAAGCAAGUGACUGUGUACAGACUCAUUACAAAGGGUACCAUCGAAGAACGAAUCUUGCAACGUGCAAAGCAAAAGGACGAGAUUCAAAAAGUGGUUAUUUCUGGAGGCGAAUUCAAACAAGUGGACUUUAAGCCAAGAGAGAUUGUAUCAUUGUUGUUGGAUGAUGAGGAAAUGGACAAUAAUCUUCAAAUGCAACUUAAGCGGAAAGCGGAAGAAGAAGAAAAGAAGAAGACUGCACGGCCAAGCAAACGAUCAAAGAAGGCAGACAAAGCAUCAUCGUCAUCAGAAGCGGCAAUUGAUCGGCUUAUGAGCGCAGGAGGUGAUACGUUGCCCGAGGAUGAUCCGUCUGUAGGAGCAUCUUCGUCGUCUUCGUCGAGUAAGAAAAAGAGUGGCAGGAUCGGCCGACCGAGGACAAACAUUUCGUUCACUGGUUGA